UUUUUUUUUUUUGACAUUCUUAACAGUGAAAUAUUUCACGCCCAUCACGGUUCAUUCCGCCGAGCUACACCGAAAUCAGCCAUAUGUAGAGAGAGAAAAGAAAGGCUUCAGUUUUGAUCUGUUAGCUGAAUCAUUUCCAUUUCCAGAUCGAAUGUAAAUAAUACUUAACUCUAUUUGCACCUAAACCAGAUCCCAAAUCCAUUCUCUUCCCCCCCCUCCCCCCAAAAAAUAAAAAUAAAAUGGAUGGGGUGUCAAUAAGAGUGGCAUACAAAAAUCUGAAGCAAGAAGUAGAAUUAAGUAACAUUGAUGAUUCAUCGUCUGGUUUUACACAAUUAGAGAUCCGUAGUGACUGUGAUUCUUCACCUAGGGUUUCGAAUGGUGGAGAAAAGAGUGAUUCGCAAUCGAGUAAUAAUUAUAGUCCUCCUCAGCCGACACGUAAUAGUUUGGUUACUUUGAUUCUUAGUUGUGCCGUUGCUGCUGGUGUUCAGUUUGGUUGGGCUUUACAACUUUCUCUUCUCACUCCUUACAUUCAGACACUUGGCAUAGAGCAUGCCUUUUCUUCUUUUAUUUGGCUCUGCGGUCCUAUUACUGGCCUUGUGGUACAACCUUGUGUAGGUAUAUGGAGUGAUAAAUGUCAUUCAAAAUAUGGCAGAAGAAGGCCUUUCAUUUUUCUUGGAGCUGUCAUGAUCUCUAUUGCUGUGAUAAUUAUCGGGUUUUCUGCAGACAUAGGAUACCUAUUGGGGGAUACUAAAGAGCAUUGCAGGACUUUCAAAGGCACUCGCUCUAGAGCAGCCAUCAUCUUCGUCAUUGGGUUUUGGAUGCUUGAUCUUGCUAAUAAUACCGUGCAGGGUCCCGCUCGAGCUCUUUUGGCAGAUUUGUCAGGUCCCGAUCAAAGAAAUACUGCAAACGCUGUGUUCUGUACCUGGAUGGCUGUUGGAAACAUUCUUGGAUUUUCUGCUGGAGCAAGUGGAGGUUGGCACAGAUGGUUUCCUUUUUUGACAAAUAGAGCUUGUUGUGAGCCUUGUGGAAAUCUCAAAGCAGCAUUUUUAGUUGCAGUGAGGCAGAAAGAAGAACAAGAGAACAUAGUGGUGGAAUACUAUCCCUACAUGCAUAAGGUCUUUCUGACUCUAUGCACGUUGGUAACUCUCUACUUUGCCAAAGAAAUCCCGUUGUCAUCCAUGCAAACUAAUCACUUGUCAGAUUCUGCUCCGCUCUUGGAUAGUCCUCAGAAUGCAAGCUUUGACCUUUCUCAAUCAAAAAGGGAUUUACAUUCUGUAAAGAAUGUAACGAAUAAUGAAUCCGGGAUGGGUCGUGUGGCAGAUGAUAGUCCAAAGAGUGAAGACCAGAGACCUGAGCAGGAUCAAGUUGAUAGCUUCACUGAUAGCCCUGGAGCAGUUUUGGUCAAUCUGUUGACCAGCUUACGACAUUUGCCUCCCGCAAUGCAUUCUGUUCUCAUUGUCAUGGCCCUGACUUGGUUGUCCUGGUUUCCCUUUUUCCUUUUUGACACGGAUUGGAUGGGGAGAGAAGUCUACCAUGGGGACCCGAAAGGAGAAGCAGCUGAAGUAACAGCAUAUAACCAAGGUGUCAGAGAAGGUGCAUUUGGUUUGCUAUUGAAUUCUGUUGUUCUUGGCAUUAGCUCCUUUCUUAUUGAGCCUAUGUGCAAGUGGAUUGGUUCUAGACUUGUUUGGGCUGUGAGCAACCUCAUUGUAUUUGCCUGCAUGGCCUGUACCGCUAUCAUUAGCGUGGUUUCUAUCACUGAACAUUCUCAAGGAGUCCAACAUGUGAUUGGUGCUACUCGAUCAACUCAUAUUGCUGCUUUAGUUGUUUUCUCACUUCUUGGCGUUCCUCUUGCUGUAACUUACAGUGUCCCUUUCUCUAUCACAGCAGAGUUGACAGCUGAUGCUGGUGGUGGUCAAGGGUUGGCAAUAGGAGUCUUGAAUCUUGCAAUUGUUGUACCUCAGAUGAUUGUUUCGCUUGGUGCCGGUCCAUGGGAUGCUUUAUUUGGUGGAGGGAACAUACCGGCGUUUGUCUUAGCAUCUUUGGCUGCACUUGCUGCUGGAAUUUUUGCAAUGCUCAGACUACCAAAUUUAUCAAGUAAUUCUUACAAAUCAACUGGCUUCCACUUUGGUUGAGUAAAUUCAUUCGUUAUAGACAUUACAUCUAUUUCAUGUUCACGUUACUGAACCAACAAAAAGAUAGUAUAGUUUAGGUCUAUCUGAUAUUUUCACUCAUUCAAUUCAUUUUUCCCCAAUUUUUGACGUUGUUGUAUAAUGUAAAUUGUCAUAUGUAAUGAGGAAGAAAUGUUCAUUCGUCUA